AUGGCGGCACCACCCUCCUGCGGCCGCGAGACCAAGACCAAAAGCAAUAUCAACUACCUCGCGCGCAUGAUGGGCAUCGACCUAGAGCAUGGCGUCACAGAGUACCACUCGCCCCAGGACGGCAUCCACGCCAAAUACUUCGAUGGCUCCGGCCUGGGCGGCGAUUUCAUGCGCUACCUUUGGGACGGGGCGCUGGCGACGCACGCCAAGGAAGAAUGCAGCGCGGUCUACGACUUCAUCGUACAGUACUCCGACUGGGAUCAUGACCGGGUCAGCACGGAGGUGUGGAUGUUCGGGAUCAGCCGCGGGGCCUACAUCGUCCGGUCCGUCGCGGGGAUGAUCAACAACUGUGGCAUCAUCCGAGACAUCCCCCACAAGGCCAAGCUGAUCGAGGACAAGAUGAUCUACGACAUCUACCGCAACCCGCACCCGGUGCACCACCCUUCCUCGCCCGAGAUGCGCGACUUCCGGGACAAGGCCAGCUACGCAGUGCGCACGCCGGUCAAGUUCAUGGGCCUGUUCGACACGGUCGGCAGCCGGGGCGUGCCGCGGCUCAACUACGACUCCGGCACGGGUUUCGAGUGGCCCGAGUUCUACGACGCCUGCGUCUCGACGGCCGUCGAGAAGGUCUACCACGCCGUAUCGAUCCACGACCGCUUCUGGGGGUUCCAGCCGUGCCUGGCCUCGCGGGCCCCGCCCAGUAAGAAUAACGAUAACAGGGCUACUACUAUUACUAGUACUAGUAAUAACAACCUCAAGAUCCGCCAGAAGUGGUUCCCCGGGUGCCACUACGAUCUCGCGCGGCAGGAGUUCCAGUUCCUGCGGGAGGGGGCGAGCUGGAAGGAAAGGUUAGUCUUCUGGCUGUUGAACCCGCUCAGCAAGACCGUCUGGCCCAACCACAAGCUGGCCGAUCUGGCGCUGCUCUGGAUUCUGCAGGGCAUCGAGCGCGAAGGGGGCGGCGCCUUGGUCCGGAAGGAGCUGGACGGGCGGACGGACAGCGACAUCGGCGCGGCCAUCGUCCAGACGCGGCAAAGGAUCCUCCACCUCGCGGGGGAUAGGAAACAUUUGAUUGGCACGGGCGACGUGUACGACGACAUCCUCAGCUACCUCCCCGGCGGGCGGCUGCUGUCGGCGCCGAUACGCUGGGCCAAGCGGAUGAACGAGACGGCGUAUGCCGUUCUGUUCAAGGGGGUGGAGAGGGUGAUCCCGGACCCGGGGAUUGGCACGGAUGCGGAGGACGCGCCGGUCUGGAAUGAGGUGUAUGACUACACCGUCCCGGACACGGAUGGCCUGGGAGCUCUUGGGGUUGCGGCGAUCAGGGACCUUGCGGGGGUCAAUGAGAAGCGGUAUCCGUCGAGGACGUUUCAGAAGUAUCGCGUGUAUAUGCAGACAGUUCAGCGGCAGCCGUAGG